ACACGCCAGGUGAUGUCAUGUUUUGUGGAUCAUGUGAUUUAUCUGUGUGAAGAAUGGCUGACCAAGCGGUGACUACUGAGAGAGGUUUGUUUUUUGGCUGCAGACUGGCUCAGCGAAUACUGAUGUUUCUUGGUAUUCAUAGUCUUUUCUACAAUUUGUUGAGUUUCCUGGACAGAACGUUGAGGUCCUGGACUUCCACAGCGUGGAUCACCAGCUGGCUGCCCUCCUGGUGCCCCACUUCCCAGAACCAGCUUAAGACUGCAGAGGAGAAGAUGCUGCAAUGCAUCACAGGCAAGGUGUCCCAGCAGUAUGUCCCAAUCUCGGAUGGUAACAUGCUGUGGACCCUCACAUUGAAUGGAAACAUGAAGAACCAGACUCCCCUGGUGCUGCUGCAUGGCUUCGGUGGAGGGGUGGGCCUGUGGGCCCUCAACCUAGACGCCCUGGCCCAACAGAGGCCCGUCUAUGCCUUUGACCUGCUGGGCUUCGGCCAGAGCAGCAGGCCCUACUUCAGCUCCGACGCCAAGGAGGCUGAGGCCCAGUUUGUGGACUCCAUCGAGCAGUGGAGGGCUAAAGUCUGCCUGGAAGCCAUGGUCAUGCUGGGACAUAACUUUGGAGGUUAUUUGGCAGCUGCUUAUUCGCUCAAGUAUCCCACCAGGGUAAAGCACAUGGUGCUGGUUGAGCCGUGGGGCUUACCUGAGCGUCCAGCCAGAAGACAGGACAGGCCCAUCCCCGUGUGGAUCAAAGCCCUGGGAGCCAUUGUGAGCCCUUUCAACCCCCUGGCAGGGCUACGUCUGGUGGGGCCACUGGGUCCCACACUUGUUUCAACUCUAAGACCAGACUUCAAGAAGAAAUACUUGUCCAUGUUCAACGACGACACGGUCACAGAGUAUAUCUAUCACCUGAACGUCCAGACUCCCAGUGGUGAGACAGCCUUCAAGAACAUGACCAUCCCAUACGGGUGGGCCAAGAGGCCUAUGCUGCAGAGGAUUGGCCUGCUCCAUGCUGACAUCCCUAUUACUGUGAUAUAUGGGUCACGCUCCAGCAUCGACUGUAACUCGGGCAACGCUAUCAAAGGAUUGAGGCCAAACUCUCAUGUGGAGAUCAUAGCUAUCAGAGGGGCGGGCCACUACGUCUAUGCUGACCAGCCAGAGGACUUCAACCACAGAGUGCUUCAGGUGUGUGACGCGCUGGGCUGAGGGGGGGGGCACUAGUUAACCUGCGGAGAGCGACGUGUUAUACCCGUCAUGCCCAUAGCUUGUCCUCUCAGUGAGCAUGUGAUCCAUAAGGAUAGAGAGGAGAGGACUGGGCAUACAGCUCAAUAGGGCUUUUUUUUUACCUCGAUCAUCCUCACUUUAGGUCCUCAGUAGUAGACCUACCACCAUCAGCACAGCAGCCUGCUAACUAGGGAAGGACCCCGUGUUGAAAAGAUGAUUCUCCUGGAUUGUUUGGUAUGACACUUUUGUAUUCAUUCUACUGAGUGGCUCAUAGUUUUUACUGCUUGUCGGGAUUUUGGUCAUUUUGUGAUAAGUGUGUGUCAGCUUUUAAUCUGCUGUUUUAAGAAAUAUGAUUUUCAGAACGAUACACACUACAAUUUCCCCACUUGUGGAUUAUUCUCAUUCUGUCAAAGGUCCUUCAUGAGAUUAUUUAGAAAUGUUUCAUUUGCGUCAUAACAGCUCAUGUAGAUCUGACCACGGACCAUAGAGAUUUGAUUUAAAAACACAUGAUUGUGGAACUUUUAGACCUGUGGUUUUGCUGAUGGGCUUCUGAGUGGCGCAGCGGUCUAAGGCACGUCAUCUCAGUGCUUCAUCUCAAUUCCAGGCUGUAUCACAACCGGCUGU